GAAAGGCGCUGCCGACGCUUACCUUGUACGUCAUCACAAGUGGCCGCUCGUGUCACCCAACGUUUUCCGACCCAUUCUGAUCUGCUUGGCGGGAGCUGUGUAUUACGAUGUUCCCAUCACCGCGUUCUCAAAUCGGAGCGACAUCCCGGCGCCCGCUUUCUAAUCGGGGACCCGCUGGAAGGAAAAGUCUAGCCGCUGGUAUUCCUUUGCAUUCUCCGGUGUUUUCUUCACCCGCAGGGAGCCGGGCCACGACGGGUGCUUCCUGGGCAAUGCCAACAAAAGGAGCGGCUCACCCGUUCGUUGUUGAGACUGACAAUUACAAUGUUCAGCUGUUCGGAUCAUCUCUCCCUGUCAAGGUCAUGGAGGCAUUGGCAAAUUCUAACGAUCAACCUUUAAGUUUCAACGUGUGUGACUCUGGAUGGGCCUGGUUAGUCUCCGGGGAUCGCCUUACAAUCUGGAAGAUCGGCCAGUCUCCAUCUGCAAAGUUGGUGUGCAAAGAGUUGCAACUCCCACCCAGCAAAUCGCCAUCUUCUGCAGAACUCGUCGCUGUAUCCGCUCACUCGGGUGAUUCUUCUUCUUCUUCUGCGCAGUCAGUUGCGGUAAUGGCGGCUACACGCGAAGGAACAGUCCGCCACUGGCCGAGUCUCUCGCAUGAAGAAUUUUUCACCGAAACGCAUGUCGAUUUUAAUGGCUCCGCUUGUGCGUUCCUUACUGCCGUUCAGAUCGGCGAUUUCGUAUUGUCAUCGGAAGCGAAUCGGCUUGUUCGAUUAAUGCCGGAUUCCUCUGGGAAAAUCCACCAGCGCUUCUUUCAGCAAGGGAAAAGCGUGCUGUCCGGUAUCGGCCGCAGAGUUUCGUCUCUCUUGGGCAUUUUACCUUCCGCCGUGGAAUCUUCUCUUUGCAGCGUUCUUUGGGAUAAAGGAGAUUGCUUAUACACGCUCACAAACACUAGCAUUGAGAAAUGGGAAAUGAAUGACAGCGCCGAAUAUCACAUUCAAAGUUGGGACUUCAGACAGCUGAUUGACGAAAAAAUUUCUGAUGCCAUUUGGGGCUCUGAAAGUAAUUACAGCGCUAUCAGAAGCGGAAUCAACUUCGCUUACUUGGAUUUAAAUCACAAUGAAGACGGUCUGAUUAUCUUGGCCGCUGCCUGGCGUUGCGGAGACGAUCCUUGCCUGAUCUAUUACACCCUUGUAAAUGUAAAUGACGAAGGUUACAACUUUUCCGAUGAAGUUAAUGUUGACGUUACUCAAUUCAACCCACUUUUUGAGUCUGAAGAAAUGUUGAUUUCUCAUCUUGUGGUUCCUAACUUUGCUGGACAGUCGUUUUACAUCUAUACCAAAGAAAUGGUUUUUGCCUAUUCCGUGGGGCGUAAGAGAAGCACUUUGACGCAGGAGACCAUUUCAUUUGAAGCGCAAGGAGAUUAUAUAAUAGGAGCGGGAACUUGUGCUGAUAUGCCAAUCGUUUUUACCAGAAAGAGUGGCCUUCUUACUAUCGUUCCUCGAGAAAAUGCAUUGGGGUUGCUGAAAGAGUUUGAAGAUUCACCAUCGUCGUCAAUGGCUGUCGUCAGUAAUCGGGUUGCGUUGCCGGAGAAGGGAGACGCAAUUAAUUGUGACAAGACAAAGUUGCUGAAGGCUGCGUUUUUGCAAUAUUGCAGGAAGGAUACAGUUGGGGCACAGUGCAUGAUAGACAGUCUGUUCCCAACUGCUGUGGAUUUCCAAACGGACAAAGAAUUGGAUCAAGCUGUUGCACAAAUCAGCAUGGACUUGGUGGAUGACUAUCCUGCGUCUGAUCCUAGAUGGGCAGAGUCAGUACCUGACGAAACGGCUUACUUGAGUAAUACUUCUUUGAUUCUUUUGCAUCAGUUGGAAGAUAAAAUGAAAGCACAUUCAUUUUUUCUGGACUUUCUUCAUCAGGUUGGGCUCUUCGAUUGUUUAAGCACCUGCCAGACGAGAGAGCUUACCGUGGCAACUCGACUGUUGCUUUGUGAACACGCUGAGAAACUGUCAUCUGCAAUUGCUCUGAAGAAUCACCACGCCAGGCUUCCUAAACUGGUAAACUCUGCUAUACAGCUGGCACUAAACAAAAAAAUGCAUUCCGUUCCACCAAACCUUACUGCUGCUGAUGUCUACUUUAGAGAGGUAUCGCAGAUGGAUAUCAUCUUUGAAUGCUUUGUAGACCAAGAGGAAGCCGAGCUGCAAAACUCAACUAUGGACACUGCAGACUGGGCAAAUGUAGUUCUUGAUGUGAAUAUGAUUUUAAAGGAUAUGCUGCACGCUGCAAGUCAGUAUCGUCUAAAUAAAGCAUCUCUUUAUAAAACUGAACAUAUGAAAAAAGAACCAGAGUAUAUCCCAUGGACUGCUUCUGUAGGUAUUCGUACAGUUAUUUCACGCCAGCACAGCAUAAUACUUAAAGUCUACUCUCAAGCUGAUUCCAUACUCCGCAGCGAGCUCGCAGAACAACUGGCAUCCCUAUUGAAUUAUUUUCUUGAUGAUUACGUCACUCAGUUGAAAUCUGUGGACCAGCCAUCCAGCCAGGAACGAUACAACGUUCUUGAAGUAGAGUAUGCACAGAAGAGAUCUGAACUUCUCACUCCAUUUUUGACGUUGGGACAGCACCAGUGGGCAUCUAGUCUUGCUGAGAAGUUCUGCGAUUUUGAUAUUUUGGUGCAGAUAUGUGAAAUCACAGACAGCGAGAACAGGCUGCAGCAUUAUAUGACUCAGUUUGCUGAUCAGAAUUUUUCAGAUUUCUUGUUCCGCUGGUAUUUAGAGAAAGGGAAGCGUGGAAAGCUUUUGUCCCAACCAGUUUCCCAGCAUGGGCACCUGGCUUUAUUUCUGCAAGCUCAUGAACAUCUUAGUUGGUUACAUGAAGUUAACAGCCAGGAUUUUGAAACGGCACACAGAACACUGUAUACCCUUGCAAACAUGGAGAGACGGUACUUUAGUAAGAAGAAGACACUGUUGGCACUGAGCAAAUUGGCUGCUUUGGCAUACGAUUCGCAUGAAGAUGUAUGCAUGCAUGAAGAUAAAAUUGAAGAAAUUGCAGACCAGGAACAUUUUCUUCUUCAUCAAGAAACCUUGCCUCCACAGGUUCUAGAGGAUAAAAAAUUGGAAUUAAACAUGAUGCCUGUGCUGACACCAUUAGAAUUAAUCAAGCUAUACAUAAGUGAAGAGAACAGAAACGCAAAUGAAAAUGAUUUCAAGAAAGCUCUUGACCUGCUGGAAUAUAUCCAUGAGGAUGAUGGAGUGAAUUUGGAACAACUGAAGCAAGAAAUACUUUGCAAAUCUGUAAAGAAAAACACGUGGUCUACUUUAGGUGGGAAAGAUGACCCAAUCGAAGCCUCAAAAAACUCAGUUUUUGUUAAAGUACUUCAAAAGUUAUUAAAUGAAGGCAAAGACCUUGAGACUUACUUACCCGAUGUAAACGCUCUUCUUCAGUCAGAUGAACUUGGCAGUUUGAAGUCAAAUCGAUGUUUUGAGUUUGUUCUAAAAGCAAACUAUGAACAUUUUUUAAAAGCACAUGCAUAAUUGACUUAAAAAUACCUACUAUUUUGUUUCCAAAUAAGGAUAUGUGCUAAUAAAAUUACAGCUUG